AUGGCCCGGGGCGCGGCGGCCUGCGAGAGCGACGCGCGGCUGCCGCUGGGCCGGGACGCGGGGCGGCCGCUGCCCGCGCUGCUGGCCCCCGCCGUGCUGCUGGGCGCCGCGCUCGGCCUGGGCCUCGGGCUCUGGCUGGGCCGCCGCGCCGUCCGGCCGCGCCCGCGGCGCCAGAAAGACGAUACUCAGAGUCUGCUCAAGAAUUUAGAGUCUCACAUACAGGACCCGUCGGAAACCGGCUCCCCAUCCAGGAGGAGGAGGAGAGAAGCACAGAUGUCAAAGGAGGAGGCUGUGGACGAAUAUGAGCCAUCUUUCAACAGUAACAUCACAGCAUUUGCACUGAAGGCAAAAGUCAUCUAUCCCAUCAAUCAGAAGUUCCGGCCGCUGGCCGAUGGUUCCUCCAACCCUUCUCUGCACGAGAACUUAAAGCAGGCUGUCUUGCCAAACCAGCCAGUGGAGGCGUCCCCCUCCAGCAGCCUGGGGAGCCUGAGCCAGGCGGAGAAGGAGGACUGCAGCUCCUCGUCCAGCAUCCACUCGGCCACCAGCUACGACAGGUUCUUGAGCCGCACCUUCGUCCAGGUCAACAGCUUCCCCGAGGUGCUGAUCUGUGAGAGUGUGGACCUUGACUUAUGUAUCUACAACCUUCACCUAAAAGAUCUGCUGCAUCUGGACACGGCACUGCGGCAAGAGAAGCACAUGAUGUUUAUUCAGAUUUUUAAAAUGUGCCUCCUGGAUCUUCUUCCUAAAAAGAAGUCGGAUGAUGAAUUAUACCAGAGGAUUCUUUCGAAACAAGAAAAUGAUUUGGCGGAAUUAGAAAAGGGACUUCAGGUCAAACUGUCAAACACAGCAAUGUUAGGAGCUGGUGAUUCUGAAUACAUCACUCUGGCAGAUGUGGAAAAGAAGGAGCGAGAAUACUCUGAGCAGCUAAUAGAUAAUAUGGAAGCUUUCUGGAAACAGAUGGAAAACAUCCAGCACUUUCUUAUGGACCAAUUUAAGUGUUCCAGCUCCAAAGCCCGACAGCUCAUGAUGACGCUCACGGAAAGAAUGAUUACAGCCGAAGGGUUAUUGCGUGAUUCUCAGGAUUUGCAGGCUCUGGACACCCUGGAGAGAACAAUGGGGCGGGCGCACAUGGCCAAAAUGAUCGAGUCACUGAAGCUGCAAAUCCAGGAGGAGACCAAAUGCCGGCUGGCUGCACUGUCCCGCAGCCUGGAGCUGCUGACUGUGGAGGGGAAGCUCUCCGGGCGGCAAAAGGAGGAGCUGCUCACCCAGCAGCACAAGGCCUUCUGGGGGGAGGCAGAGCGCUUCAGCAGGGAGUUCGUCCAGCGAGGCAAGGACCUGGUGAAGGCAUCACUGGCUCACCAAGCAGAGGAGAUGGCAAGGCUCACGCUGGCCCAGGAAGAGGAACAGAGGAGCUUCCUGGCCGAGGCACAGCCGACCACUGACCUGGGCACAUUCCUCCAGGCUUUUCAUGCGGUCCUAGAGAGGCAGAGGUUGGUCCGGAGUCACCUGGAGGAGGAGGACAGUGUCAGAACCACCCAGGCCAUGGCUGUGCUUUGCCAGGAGCUGUACUGCAGCACCAUGGAAACGUUCCAGAAAUUUGUGGAGGUCCUGUUCCUUCAGACGCUCCCAGGUGUGACCAGCCUCUCCCGGGCAGAGUGUGAGUACUUGAGGCAGGAGGUCCAGGAGAACGCAGCCCAGCAGCUGGGGAAGUCGGAUCGCUUCCGCAAACAGCAGUGGAAACUCUUCCAAGAUCUCCUGGAGCAAGACAGGCAGGUGUGGAUGGAGGAGCAUGCCCUGUCCUCCGUGCUGCAGACACACCUGCAAGAUGACCAUGAGAGCAUCGUCCACCAAGUCUUGGGCCGACUUGGUGGUCUCACUGAAGAGUCCACGUGGUGCAUCCUUCAGGGCCAUGGCCUGCUACUACGCUCCGCGCUCCGGAGGCUGGCUCUCCGGGGCAGCACUAUCACCACCCUGACCCACAUGAGACUUUCUGGCAAGAAGAGCCUUCUCCAGGAACUGCGCGAGCAGCACGCCCUUGAGCAGAGCUCCUCCCAGUGUCUGGAUGAGCAUCAGUGGCAGCUGCUCAGAGCCUUGGAGGCACGAGUCACUGAGGAGGCCAGCAGGCUGGAGGAGGAGGCGCAGCAGACCCGGCUGCAGCUUCAGCAGCAGCUCCUGGCCGAGGCCCAGGAGGUUGGGCGGCUUCUGCAGCAGCACACAGAGCGAGCCAUUGGGCAGGUGCUCCUGGCGCAUGCUCGGAAUGCCGCAACCAAGAGCCGGACCAAGGACAGGGAUGACUUCAAGAGGACACUGAUGGAGGCAGCUGUGGAGAGCGUCUACGUGACCAGCGCUGGAGUCAGCAGGCUCAUGCAAGCAUAUUCCCAGCAGAUCGGGAGGGUCAUGCAGGACCACGAGGAGAGGAAACUGGAGCAUCUGAAGGCCCUGCAGGGUGAGAGAGCAGAGAAUUACAAGCUGCGGACAAAGCAGGGACUCGGGGAGCCUUCAUCCAGGAGCCAGAUGGCAGGUGGAGCUGGCGAAGCCUGCGAGGCUGUCCACCAGAGGAUGGUGGCACAGCAGAAGAAGUUUCUGGCCCAGUUCACCGCGCACCAGCAGAUCCGCCUGGAUGCUUGGAAGCAGAAGGCGAGGGCUAUGGAUCACCUGGAAGCCCAGCUUGAGACCCAACUGCAGGAGGCCGAGCAGAGCUUCAUGUCUGAGCUGGCAGCGCUGGCCCGGGUGCCCCUUGCCCAAAGCAGACCAUUGCCAAGUAAGCGUGGAGUGUCAGAGAAGCCCGUAAGGACGAGAAGAAAGAAGCCCCCACCCCGGGAGAGAGGGGACCCUGGGGAGCCCACCGACGAUGACCCUGCCUUGGGGGCCCACCCCUCGGGAUCACUCAGCAGAAGGCUGAACCAGCAAGAAAAUGAAGCUGGUGACGGCGAGAGCCCCAAGAAGCUGCUAAGGGAGAAAACCAAUUUGUAGUUUUCAGGGAUCGGGGCCAAAGCGGAGGACCUGGCCUGCAGGCCGCCUGCCCGCCCCACCCGGGUGAGAUGGUGAGGGCCACCGGGGGGACGGGGGUCCCCCUCUGCCUCCCAGGCUCACUGUGAGGCGGCUGGAUGGAGACGGCUGGACAGUACCUGACAAAGCCUCAAUGAGAAAGGUGGACCCUACCGCCUGUGAAUUAGAAGCCCCUGUGGAACACCUGUGUGCGCUUCUCUCCCUCUCUGGCUUCCAGACGUGGCUCCCUUCCUCAGCGACCUCUUCCUCUGGCUGCCUAAGCCGUCCACCCCACCGUGUCCUGCUGCCCCCCAAAGCUGCCUGCCCAGCGUGAGGCCGACUCACACCAGCCCAGGGCCCCCCUGUACCCCGGACGCUCCGAGGAGUUCUGCUGGGAGUGCAGGGGUCUCUGGAGGGCUGGGGUCUUCCAGCCUGAAGCCUCUUCACCAUUUAUUUCUGUCACCUCGUGCUCUCUGUCCUGUGUGCCAUGUCCCAUGCACCUGGCCACUCAUCUGGAUCCAUUCCCCCUUGGCUCAGCCAGCAGCUAACUCCCGGUCACUUUGGGGGGUGAGUCUCAGGGCCCUGUGACCCUGACACAGACCAUGGAAUCACUGGCCUGCAGGCCUACAUCACCCCCACUGGGGUCCUGAGGCCCCACGGAUGCAUAGUGACACCUGCAGUGGGGCCUUCCCCCGGGAGGGGACAGCAGUUCACCACCAGGAGACCUGUUCCCCAGGGGGCUCUGCUGCUCGCCUGGUCAGGGAGAGAAUCCAGAACCUUCCAGACUGGCCAUAUUUAAACCACAGCUAGGAGAGGCCUUUCCCACCUGGACAGAAAAUUAUUAUUUCCAUUGAAAUCAGAGAUUCUCACCCUCUGCACCAUGGACACUUUGGGUGAGAUCAUUCCUCGUUUGGGGGCAGGAGCUGUUCUGUGCGUCGUGGGAUGUUUAGCAGCAACCCUGAACCAGCAGAUUCCAGGAGCACCCCCCCAGGUGUGGCAACUAAAGGUGUCUCCAGACGUGGCCAGAGGUCCCCCUGGGGGCAUCACUCACUGACCUGAGUCAAAGUGUGUCGGCUCCCAGCAAGUCUGGACAGAGGGCUCUGUGAUUCCACAGAUUUCCAGAAUGCAGUGGGCGCCGGGCUCCAGGAACCCCUGUCACGGGGAUUUCCUGGCCCGUCUGUGGCUUGAAUUUUUAUUUCUUAAAAUCUAAAUAACACUAUUAGGAGAGCGUGGCUCUGGGACAGAAGAAGUCAUCCGCGACGGUUACCUGGCGCGUUAAGGAUGCUUCCUGUCAGAGCAUCAGGUCCUGACCCAGCAGCUGCGGAAUUUCCAGAGUUGGCCAGCAGCCCCCUCUCGUGGCUAAAUAAAGCAUUCCGUCACUAUGCCGGGUCUGCUGACAAGCUGUGGGUUCCUUCUUGCCCUAUUUUGAGAACCUGGUUGACACAGAAACCGCUUUUGUCCCAUGGGUCCCCUCACAGGGGCAUCCUGGAGCCGGGAGUGAGUGUCUGAUCCGGUGACUUGAACUUGGGAAAUGCAGACCCCUGGCGGUACCAGCCUCUCUGCGGGAUAGAAGGCAGCUCAGCUUCCGCAGCUCUUGCGUGAAGAUGGUUUUGCUCCUGGAGCGUGGCCUCCUAGCCCAAGGGACUGUGUCACACGCCGGGCCCUCCUUCAGCCCUGCUGUGCAGCCGUGUGCUCGGCACAGUCUGGGCACAGUGAACUGUCUGCGAUGGACUCUUGGGGCUCCCGGCGGGAGCGUGGAGGUGCCUUCCAUCAUGCAACUGCCUCCCGGUCGGAAGCCAGCGUGGACGCCAGAAGCCACGGGACUCUCUGCGGCGUCUGGCCCAGGCUCUGGGAUGCCCGGGCGGGGUUGGCAAGCACAGCACGCCCAGUGCAGGGCAGGUGGACGCAUCGCGGCCCACCGCCCCCCCAUCCAUUCCUGUCCCGGCCGUGUUACAGGCUGUGUUAUGGGGUGUCACGGAGGUGGAGGGAGGUGGACCAGGAGGGGACGGCGGAUGAAUUCACGAAUUCAUUCUGUCACGCGCACCGCCCGUGCAGCCUGAGCUCAGCAAGGAGGAAGCCGUAGACUCUGUGGCCCCCUCUGGCCGCCCGGGGUCUGUCCUGACCCUCCCUCGGUGCUGAUCUAGAGGCUGCUGCUGCUGCAGGACCCCCCUAACCGCCCGGCCCGGCCUGCUGCCCUGCCCCACCUCCCCUGCCCGGCCCACACGGCCCAGAGCCCUCUGGCUGGGGCGCUUCGGCGGUAUUCUUUGCUCUCAGGAGAAAAGGCAAAAUUACAUGGACCGCCGUUCCCUCCCGGUCCACCUCCGUGACUACCCACCACCCAGAUGGGAUGGAUGGAGGAGGUGGGCCGCGAUGUGUCCACACCCCUGCGCUGGGCGUGCUGUGCUUGUGAACCUGCCCCGGGGGUCCCAGAGCCUGGGCCCGCAAUGCCCUCGCCCUCACCCAGCCAGUCUCCACUCGCGGCCUCCUGUGUGCCUGCCCCUCCCCCCCGCCACUGGGCUUUUGCAUAAGACAUUCCCGCUGCCCCCCUGGAACCGCCCUACCCCCACCCCUCGUCGCUGCCUCACGAGCCCAUAAACCUCACCCACACCUCAGCAGCAGGACUCCUGUCAGGAGCCUUCCCCGCGGCCCUCAGACAAGAUCAGAGCCUCCCCUUAGGCUCUUAGCACCCUGUAUUUUGCCGCUUAAUUAACAUGCCUUUAUUUCCCAUGCACAUUUGGAACCAGUUGGGACAUUGGCAGAGCAGUCGGGGAGAUGGGCACCCGGGCUUGGUAUCUGAUGGAGCCACGUUGGAGGGCUGCGAUUGACCCUGAGGCCACAAAGGCUCGUUCUCUUCCUACCUGGCCACACACAUGGCUCCAGACACAAGCCUCUGCCAUGGGAACAACCCCGAAACAUGGCAAGAUCAGAAGAGCAGAGAGACCCAGAUCUGGGGCGGGGCUGCUGGAAUCUGUACAUUUGGGGGAGAAGAGCAUGAAAAGCAAAUGAAACUACAGGGGGGAUGAGAGUGAAUAUUCAGAAUGAGGAAGGAGAUGAGGAUGAGUGAUACAUUUUUUAAAAGCCUGAUGAAUUCCACAAAAUCACAAAUCCGAAAGUAAAAUAAUUUUGUAAAUCAGCGGAUGGCCUAAUCCCCUCUGCAGUCCACUUAGUUCUAAUGUUUCCCCCCUUCUCGAAAUUCAACACAUGUGACAGCUGGGAGAUUGUGGACCUCCAUCCCUCCCCUUGUGCCACACAGCUUCUGGUGCCGGGUGCCACGGGACUACAGGCUCUGUGUCGUGAUGCAGGAGAGGUGGCACAGCAGCAGCCAUUUGUGCCGGGCCAGCCAGCGUUACCUCAGCUGCACACAGAAACAGGCCCACCGAACCCCAGUCAACCUGCCCUCACCUGACCCUGGAAAUGCCCACAGCCUCCCCACUGUCACCUGAUCCUCAGGGAUGUGCAGUUCAAACCUCUGGCUGUGGAAACUGUACAGAAACUAUGACUGGAGAUAUCGCCAAGCCCACCCCCGGGGCUGGGGAGGGGUCUGUGCAUACAUCACUGACUUCAUGGUAAACCGCGUCCAAGGAGUAGUGUGUGUCCUGAGGUCCAUCAUCUCCUUGGAGACAGCAAAAGGCACCACUUGGCACACUCAUUUCCUUCUUCCCAGAGCAAGCAGGUGCAUCUCCUUCUCUGGGGAAGGAGUGAGAAAGGCCAGGAGAGCCCCUGUACCUUCCUCCCCCCAAGAGAGUGGGCGCCCCUCCCUGUGUGGGAACACCAGGAGCUGGCGAUACGCUUCUGCUACUCUUCCUGGGAGUGGGCAAAGUGCGCAGUUAGAUGUUUGGGGUAAUAAUUUCAUACCUGACCUUCCCCCGGAAUGCAUUUCCCUCGCAUCCCCUCUGAUGAGCACAGUGUCUGGCAAUCCAGUCACUUGGUGGGAAGGAAAAGAAAGGAAGAGGGGAAUGGGGAAGGAAACUUCAAUUUGGUAAAAGUCCUUUUAGUUCAGAAUACUCUUCUUGCGCCUCUGCUCCAGAAGUUGAUGUCAUGGGAGAGAAACGCAGGGCCAGUGACACUGCAAAUGUGCAUCAUCAGGACUCACGCCUUGUGCUGCAGAGUCAUGACCACAUGCACUUUGAUCCAAAGAACAACCCCCGGGUGUGCAGAGGUCUGACAGGCCUUGGGAGCAGCCUUCUCUGGUCCACUCACCUUAACCAAGUGGCCACACGGACUCUGGGGCCAGAAUACGCCAGGCAGUGCAGAGGGUAGCAGAAAAUGGCUGGGGCUUUACAUGGAUGGGGAGACCUUGGCUGUAGUCUUAUGUUUUAGAGUCAAAAUGAGAUACUGGUGCAAAAAUAGGCCAACGGAUAUAGCGGGGUCAGGCCAGCCCUUACUGGGACACCAGAGCCCACUUAAACUAUGAGUUAUAAGCUCACUAGCUUCAUGGUGGUAGUUUGAAGCUGGCUACACUCAGUCCAGCCCAGCCCAGGGUUUAGUAUUCAUUUUGCAGGGUACCUCGGGACCAAAGACUCAUAUGCUAUGAUCGCCUGAUUUACAAUAAAGCCAUCGCUGCAGCCCUAACGAGGAAA